AUGGAAUUCAUCAAUGUUCGACCCCCAGCACAACCCUCUUCGUCUGCGGGCUCAAGCCGACAAAUCCACUCUCAUGCUGCGCGUGCCGCCCAUGCACGAGCCAGAAGGCGACGGAUGGCCAACUAUAUGCGCGAAAAGAGCAACGUAAAAGUGUCACAGGAGACGGCAGCGGUUUCUAAUCAAGAUAAGAAACCUUCAGCUAGCCUAGAUGAAACAAGGCCGCUGGUUCCGAGAGCCAUACCUGGCGCCUUUGAACACGAACCCCUGGCAAGUUUUAUCCGAUCACUGAAUUCCAAAGAGGUUUUCAUGUUUGACUACUACGUAAACGUCGUCGUUCCUUAUCUGGAUCUUCACUGCCCAGUGAUGAAACACCUUGGUGGAGACUACCACUACAGGAAACAAAAUUGGAUACUCUUUUCCUCAACCGAAGUCGAACUUCUCAAGGGCUUUCUUCUCGCAGCAUGUCGUCAUUUAUACAUAGUCCACCUGGAGAAAGAGUUUGGGCCGCUUGCGAUCCAAUACAAGCUAAACUACGUCCGAAGUCUCCUGGAGACGAUUUCGGCGACAGGACCAGCCUCAGGCCGCAUGGCAGUGACAAAGGCAUUGGUUCUGAGUAUUGAUGAGAUUAUGCUCGGCGAUCUUUCAAUGGCCAUCAAGCACGUCCUAGGAGCUGCUGAGAUUGUGCAGGUGGGAGGAGGGCCUCAGGCUCUUGGGUUAAGUGGUAUUGUCCAGUAUAUUCUUGACCGUUGUCUUCAGGGUCAUCGACUCGAGGAUUGGGAUCCAUUGAUGGACUGCGACUCUGCGUUCAUGAAGCCAGAAACGGCUUGGAGUGCCGUUCAUUAA